UAUCGAUCUCAGCUUGCGCUUACGACAGGAGUGCUCCACAGGCACAUGCACAGGUACCUCGAUCUUCGCUCGUCGCGGCCCUUCUCCAGAGUGCCGCAGCGCAGGGACGUCAUUGCAUGGCACAAUACUUUUAUUGAGCUUUCUUUACAGGAGUACUGAUCCAUGGCGGAACAACAGGGCGGCAGCAGCAGCAGCUGCUACGAUGUGGCCGUCAUCGGUGCGGGUAUCGAGGGCAGCGCUACCGCCUGGUACUUGAGUAAACACUGUGGCCAGAAUGUCGCCCUGCUCGAUCAGUUUUCACUGAAUCACACACGCGGCAGCUCUCACGGCCCGACCAGGAUAACACGUUACCUAUACCCGCAGAAGUUCUACGUCGACAUGAUGCUGACGGCGUAUCCAAUGUGGGAUGAGUUGGCACAGGACUCGUCACGCACCCUCGUACGGAAAACAGGUGGUAUGUCUAUAAUCAGGAAUAACGACCCGGAGCUCCUUCAAAUGAAGGACACCCUGCAUCAGCUCAACAUCAAACACUCUCUCCUUACCCCGGACGACAUCAACCACCGCUACCCGGGUCUUCGGUAUGGUCCCGGCUGGACGGGGGUGUUCGACCCCGAAACCGGGGUGCUUGCUGCAGACGAAUGCAGGAGUGCGUUUCAGAGCGAGUGCACCAAGCACGGUGGAGCGUUGCUUCCCAACAGCCGAGUACGUGGCAUACGACCUGGCCAUGAUGCCGUGACACUAACGCUGGACGAUGGCGGAACAGUGCAAUGUCGUCGGCUGGUCAUCACGGCGGGCCCGUGGAGUAAAAACAUCUUGGCAGAAUUGGGUGUUCAGCUGCCGUUGACGGUAGAGCGUAUUAACGUGUGCUACUGGAGUGCCCGCAAGCCCGGUCUGUACAGUCGCAGCAGUGGUUUCCCCGUUUUCAUCCAUCACACGGGAAAGACUCACUACUACGGACUGCCAAUCGACGAGUAUCCCGGCUUGCUCAAGUUGUGUCCGCAUCAUGGCAAGCCUAUUUCGUCGCCUGAUCAUCGUGACACAUCCCGGGACCUCACUGGUGUAGACGGUGUGUCUGAGUUCGUCAAGGAGCACUGUCCGCAUUUGGAGGCGAAGCCGUCUAUUCUGGAGACGUGCGUGUACACGGUAACGCCAGACAAACAUCCCGUCCUGGACCGACAUCCCGUCUGGAAGAACAUUGCCUUUGGCGCCGGCUUUAGUGGUCAUGGUUUCAAGUUGGCACCGGUCGUCGGUCAGAUCCUAUCCCAGCUCGUUCUGAACAGGCCCAGCAAGUACGAGCUAGCACCGUUCAGAGCCGACCGCUUCACCGCCCGCCACUAUCAGCCUGAACAGCAGGCAAAGCUAUAGACACGGUCACACGGUGCCUUUAGUACAUGGCUGCAUGUAGGCCAGUGCUGCUUCAAGCCAGGAGUAGUAAAAUGCCAGUAUUUUACUACUCCCUGCAUGCAAGCCACCACUGGCAUCAGUGGCGCUUACAAGCAGAGAGUAGUAACAUGUCGGUAUUUUACUACUCCCCGCUUGUAAGCCCCUGCAGUGGAAUGCCAUGGCAGUCUGUCAUUUUUGAAGAGUCUUCCCAAAACGCGAUGGAAACAAAAGUGUGCGGCAUAGAAUUAUUCUAAAUUUCGAAUCGUGAGUUAUUUUCUUACUUGAAAUUUGCAAGGACAUUGUUGUGGACUUCUCUAUGUUCAUGUCCAUUGUGCAAUGUGACUUUGCUCGAGUUCUUUCUUCGGUGGGGUAUUCGCUGCCAUAUUGGUGCCUAGGUGGGCGAGUGGAUUGCAUGGCCAAAGCUGCACGACCGCGAUGCCGCUCGCCUCAGUUUCCGUCCGUGGACGACUCACUUCGUGCACUCUACACUAUUGUGAAUGCACAGUGGCUCUUCUGACAUUCUUUUACAUUUUCAUCUUUUAUUUUUUUACUUUUAUCAGUAAGUACUCAGAUGGUGAGCCAAGGAAAAUAAUAAAUUGUGCCCCACCGUUUUCCUUUUUAUCAGUGAAUAAUCUGAGUAUUUCUAUUCACUGGUUUGAGGGAAAGACGCCAAAGAAUAUCUUUGUCUUCAUUUUUUCUUCCGAAGUACUUCUUUCGCUUUGUCUAUUUACACAUUGUACCCAUAUGAACUUAUCAAUAUGGUUAUUUUUACAAGUACCAAAUUUCAUGCCAUUUA